GUUCACCUGCUAGAACCACAGCCUACCCCCCCGCCCCGUGGCAUUACGCUGGGUGGACUUUACUACACCUGCCUGUUCUCCAGCCCAGCCCUGGCACCUUCCCGUCUAGUCACACAUCCUCAGCAGACAAACAGGAGAGAGGGAGCGAGACAGCUGCACAGCCUCCGAGCAGGAGGCAGCAGCGCUGUGAGGACAGCCGGCAGAGAGCCGAGUCGCUGGCCAGAGGUGGUGAGGAGCGUGGUAGCUGCCCCGGAAUGGAUGUGGGCCUGCUGGAGAUCCCGGCAGAGCUGGCGGCCCUCCUGCACUCUGCCAAAGGCAAGCACCAUGUCCAGGCCAAUCAGAUCACUGAGGUUUCACCUCCAGAGGUCAAGGCCAAGUGCGAUCUCUCCCUCCCACCCAACAUCAACCACUCGCUCUUCUCUGCCUUCAUCAGGUCUCACUUCCAGGAGCCCAACUUCCCUGCCCUGGGGCAGCCCCUGCAGCAGCCCUUAACCCGCCUGGAGGGCGAGGACAAGAAGAGCGCUUUGGAGAUCAACAAGCUGAUCCUGCGGUUCAUCGGGGAUAGGAACCUCGAGAGCUGGCAGGAAGUGCUCCUAGGUAACUACGUCGCCAGCCGAGGACUGGGCAACCCGGCCUUGCGCGAUGAGAUUCUGAGUCAGGUGCUCAGCCAGGUGUGGAAGAACCCAGAUGCGGAGCAGAGCCAGCGAGGCUACGCCCUGCUGGCUGCCUUUCUGAGCGCGUUCGCCCCUUCGCCAGAGCUGGAGAAGCCCCUGCUGAAGUUCGUGUCAGACCACGGGCUGGAGGGCUACAAUGCCGUCUGCCAGCGCAAGAUCCUCACAGCAAUGCAGCAAACCGAGACGAGCCCGGAGGUCUCCCGUGCCCACCCUCCCACCCUCUUGGAGUGGACCGCCAACCAGAGGAGAGGGAAGAUGGUUCUGGACGUCUUCACCUAUAAUGAGGAGAGGUUCUCUGCCGAAGUGGAGUCCUGGACGACAGCAGAACAAUACGCAGGCUGGAUCCUGGGUUCAAGGGGCUUGGAUAAGGAUCCUCGAGGGUGGGCCAUCUCCAUGCUGUCAGGUGAGGUGUGGCAGGACCUGCUGGGCUGCGACUUCAUGCUGGACCUCAUUGGAGAGAUGGAGGAGGCUGGCCACUCUUCAGCUGACUAUCCCAUCACACCCGAGCAGGGCGGUGGCCCCUUCCAGAGCCCUUCUUUGGACGGGACGGAGUGGGACAUCCCUCCAGCACCAGGCAUUCAGGCGCCCUCUCUCCCUCCGCCAUUCCUGCCGCCGUCCCUCGACGCCGAGAGCGUCUACUCAGGAGCAGUGGGUGGCCUGAGGUCCCCCAAAGGCCUAGAGCACUAUGUGGAUAACCUCUUCGACCCUGUGCUCCACCAAGGGUCCAGAGUGCCCGGUUUGGAGAAUGGAAGGAGCCUGACUGAACGCAUGAAAGGAGGAGGAAAGAUCGGACCCACCCAGCAAGGAGCCUUUCCUUCUGCAGGCUACCCUGGACUGAUGCAAGUCCCAGCUUACCAGCCCAUGCCAAUGAUGGGUGGAAUGAUGGCAGCCCCCAUGCCGAUGAUGCCAGCGCUAGGCGGGAUGCCACCCAUGCCAGCCAUGAUGGCGCCUCAGCCAGUGAUCCCAGCUGUGGAUCCCAAUCAGCUCGCAGCACAACAAGCCUUUAUCAACCAGCAGGCCCUGCUCAUGGCUCAGCAGAUGACCCUUCAGGCCAUGACGAUUUCCCAGCAGCAGCAGCAGCAGCAGCAGCAGCAGUAUUGUCUGAACUUCUUUAUGCACGCUGACCCAGAAGAGCAGCUGACGGACACUGACGAGGACUCAGUGUCCCCAGACACCUUCCAGCGGAAGAUGGAGUACUUCCAGCGAAUGGGAGAGCAAAACAUCCGGGUGAAGAAAGCCAGGUCCCCUUCCAAGAGCUCUGCAAGGACCCCUCCAGGAAAUGCACAGCCGGCGGAAGAGAGGUCCAGCCCAGAACCAGAGAGAGCCGCUGAGCCCCCGGCGCCCCCUCCCGCACCAAAGCAGAAAGUGCAAGGGAAGAAGGAGAAGGAACCGCACCCUGGGGUGGCUGCCUUUCGGCCACCAAAGAGAGAGCCCAGCCGGGAGAUUCGCAACAUCAUUAAGAUGUACCAGAGCCGUCCAGGCCCGGAGCCACAGCCCAUCGAGCCUGUCAGGAGGCCGUCCAAGACCUUCCUGAAGAAGAAUGACCCCAAGAACGAAGCGCUGACCAAGCUGGGGAUUAUAAGCCUGGAGCCCCCAAAUUCGGCAUCCUCUCCAGAGAAGAGCCCCAAAGGGGCUCCACCCCCUCCGGCCAGAGCUGAAGGACAACGUGGCCCUUCGAGAUGUUGCACGCCGCCCUCCUGUCCUGGGAGUCUGUGGCUGGGGCCGCAGCACUCCCACGGUGCCCAGAGCUCCCCUCACUGCCCUCUCCCCCCUCCAGGCACUGCUCGGGACCUGGCAGAAGAAGAAGCCGGCAUCAAGACGCAGUUCUACAAGCUCACUGCCAGCGUCAGCUUCUCGUAUGCUGCCACACCCUGGAAAUUCUUCCUACGCAAAGAGGUGUUUUAUCCCAAAGAAAACUUCAGUCACCCGUAUUACUUGAACCUGCUGUGUGAGCAGAUCAUGAAAGACACCUACUCUGAGUCCUGCAUCCGGAUCUCCAAGGAGGAGAGGCUCAAGAUGAAAGACUUGUUGGCGGAGUUCCGGGUCGGCAAGGAGGCCUCCUUCAGUCUAGAGGACGGGAUAAAGAAGAGGAUUGUGGUGGCUGCUCGGGAUAAUUGGGCCAAUUAUUUCUCCCGGCUCUUCCCAGUCAAGGGGGAACACGGAAGUGACGUGAAGCUCCUGGGUGUUUCUCACCGGGGACUCCGGCUGCUGAAGAUGGCAAACGAGCCCGGGUUCAGCCCGAAAUACCUGAAAACCCUUGGCCAGUACAGUUUUGCAGACGUGCUGUUAGUGGAGCUGAAGGGCAGCCACAGCCUGGAGUUCUCCAUGAAGAACGAGCAGCUGAUCCUACACUCAGCGAAGGCCCCGCAGGUCAAGGCCAUGGUGGAGCUUUUCCUCCAGGAGCUGAAGCAGGACUCCGACUACGUUAUCGCUCUGCGCAGCUACGUCACGGAUGACAAGAGCCUCUUGAGCUUCAAGAAGAAUGACCUCAUCCUGUUACUGCCCAUGCAGGGGCUGGAGCCGGGCUGGCAGUUCGGCUCCAUUGGCGGCCGCUCCGGCCUCUUCCCCGCUAGCAUGGUGCAGCCUGCGGCAGCCCCUACUUACCACAACACCCAC